AGCGACAAAAGGCUUCUGAUUCAACGAACGUGUUGCUUUGCUAGCGAACAUAAAGUUGAGUCUUUGAAGCUCUUUAGACCAAUCGUGUGUAUAUUACUCUUAGUGUUUUGAAUAUAAUUAUGUUUACCCAUCUACUAGAUGGGUAAAAAAGAACCUUUUAGAGUAAAAGAGGAAGAGGAAGAACCUUUUAGAGUAAAAGAGGAAGAGGAGGCUAUCUCAAUCAAAAAGGAGGAAGACGUUUUGGGAGUGAAAGCGGAGGAGGCUGAAGAUCAGACUACCACCAGAGAGAGACGUGACUAUCGUGGAUCCUCUGGGGAGCAUCAACAACAUCCUGAUCCUGCUGACGAGGCAGAGAAGAGUCUCUCCAGAUCAGAACACCAGAUGGACAACGCUAGCCCUUCCUCCCUCCCGGAGUCCCCGUGUUGUACCUCUCCCAGUAGCGCCUUACUGCUGGGUAUGAAGAGGUUGUCUGUGCUGCUGGUGGACUGCAGGAAAACAACGGGGCUGAGUGGAACUGUGAGAGGACGACAAGAGAAGAAAGGAUCAGAUUUGACACAUCAAAGAGAAAGACCAGACUCAGAGGAACCAGAGCCAGGGACGUCCAAACCAGCAAGACGACACCAGUGCUUCCAGUGUGGAAAUAGUUUCAAUGGGUCAGGGGAUCUGAAAAAACAUGAGAGAAUACACACAGGGUACAAGCCUUACCACUGCUCCCAGUGUGGGAAGAGUUUCAACCGGUCAGGGGAUCUGAAAAAACAUGAGAGAAUACACACAGGGGACAAGCCGUACCACUGCUCCCAGUGUGGGAAGUGUUUCUACCAGUUAUGGGAGCUGAAACAGCAUGAGAGAAUUCACACAGGAGAGAAGCCGUACCACUGCUCCCAGUGUGGGAAGAGUUUCAACUGGUCAGGGGAUCUGAAAAAACAUGAGAGAAUACACACAGGGGAGAAGCCUUACCAUUGCUCCAAGUGUGGAAAGAGUUUCAACCAGUCAGGGGAUCUGAAACAGCAUGAGAGAAUUCACACAGGGGAGAAGCCUUACCACUGCUCACAAUGUGGAAAGAUGUUUAACCAGAAAGGACACCUGAAAGCUCACGAGAAAAUUCACACAGGGGAGAAGCCUUACCACUGCUCACAAUGUGGAAAGAUGUUUAACCACAAAGGACACCUGAAAGCUCACGGGAAAAUUCACACAGGGGAGAAGCCUUACCACUGCUCACAAUGUGGAAAGAUGUUUAACCGGAAAGGACACCUGAAAGCUCACGAGAAAAUUCACACAGGGGAGAAGCCUUACCACUGCUCCCAGGGUGCAAAGCUUUUGCCAAUUUAGGAAGCCUGAAAGAACAUGACACAGAGGAUAAAAGCUCAGAUUUUGGGAAAACAUAUUACUCAUAACAGUCACUUAAACGUCAUUAGAGAAUCCACACAGGAGAGAGAAAUUACUUCUCUUAGCGUGUAUAUUGAUAUUUCACAUCUCAUUGACUGACAACUCAUCAGAGAACAUACACAGUGCUCCCAUUGUCUUAUAUUGUUGCCUUAUAAUGUGUUUACCUGUUUUUACCAGAUUAAAUUGCUUCUUCCAAUUAUUGAUAAACAUGUACCUGUUUAGAAACUGACUGUUAACUGUUAAGUCUCCAUGGAUUGAUGAGGAAUUUAAAAACUGUAUGUUUGAAAGAGUUGGGGCCAAAGGAGUGGCUAAUAAGUCUGGCUGCACAUCUGGCUGGCUUACAUACUGCAAAUUGAGAAAUUAUGUGACCAAACUCAACAAAAAUAAUCAACUUUAUUAGGAAGCCAAGAUCAAUUAUAUAAAGAAUGAUGGAAAAAAACAUCAUGAAAGAAAAGCAGUGCAAGUUUUGAAUUUUGUAAAGUUAGUGUGGGAGAGGUGGAAAAAUUGUUAUCGAUCCAAUAAUGACAAACCUCCUGGCAUUGACAACUUAGAUGGAAAGCUACUGAGGACAGUAGCUGACUCUAUAGCCACUCCUAUCUGACAUAUUUUUAACAUGAGCCUAGAGGAAAGUUUUUGUUCUCAGGCCUGGAGGGAAGCCAAAUUAAUCCACUACCUAGUCAUGUAAGACUGGAAGUAAGACUGGAACAUAGUAUCAACAGGAACUCUUAGUUCCCUUUAUCCAUCUGUUACCUAAAAUAUAGUUUCAACACACAGACAUCUGACUUUGUACAGUUGACCUUUUCAUGCACUUGCCAGGUGUCUACCACUGAUUCUUUAUCUCAAGCUAAAGCAAAACAUGAAUCAUUGUACUUUUGUCAUCACAGGUGUUCCUGUAAUGUACAGAUAUCAUCAAAGUUCUUACAAGUCAAAUUACACACAUCUCUGACACACACACUUAUCCCACCAGACAUGCCACCGGGGGUCUUUUCACAGUUCACAAGAUUCCAGAACAAAUUCAAGAAAGCGUAUAGUAUUAUAUAGGGCCCUUAUUGCAUGGAACUUCCUUCCAUCUCAUAUUGCUCAAAUAAACAGCAAACCUGGUUUCAAAAAACAGAUAAAGCAACACCUCUCCCCUAUUUGACCCAGGUAGUUUGUGUAUAUGCAUUGAUAUGUAGGCUACGUGUACCUUUUACAAAAUGUAUGUAGUUCUGUCCUUGAUCUGUUCUUGUCUAUUGAUGUUCUGUAUUAUUGUCACGCCAUAGAGAGGUCUUUUAUUCUCUAUUUUGGUUAGGCCAGGGGGUGACUCGGGUGGGAAUUCCAGUUUCUUUAUUUCUAUGUUUUCUAUUUCUUUGUUUUUGGCGGAGUGUUGUUCCCAAUCGGAGGCAGCUGUCUAUCAUCGUCUCUAAUUGUGAAUCAUACUUAGGCAGCCUUUUUCCACCGGUGUUUUUUGGGUAGUUGUUUUCUGUAUAGUUGAUUUGCCUUACAGAACUGUUCGUUCUUCUCUUUGUUAUUUUGUUUGAGUGUUUUUUGAUUAAAUAAAAAUCAUGAACACUUA